GUCCUCGGGGUCUGCCAGGUUUGAAAGGCGAGAAAGGAUACAAACCAGUCCCAGCAGUUCCAGGUGUACCAGGUAUAACCGGAUUAAACGGUGAACAUGGAUUUCCAGGAAGCAAGGGGGAAAAAGGUAGCCGGGGAAUUAUGGGAUUGUCAGGUGAACUUGGUGAAAAGGGAGAACAAGGUUCUCCGGGUGUUCAAGGAAUCAAAGGCGUUCAAGGCCCUCCAGGUAAUAGAGGACUGAAAGGCGAAAAGGGUAGCAUUGGCGAAAAAGGACAUCUUGGACCUCGCGGUCCUGUCGGACAAAAGGGUGACAUGGGGUCUCGAGGGAGUAAAGGAGAUACUGGAUCACCAGGUGAACUUGGUGAAAAGGGAGAACAAGGUUCUCCGGGUGUUCAAGGAAUCAAAGACCCAUGUACUUCCAAUCCCUGUGUGAAUGGGAUCUGUAGAAAGUCAGGCUCUUCUUAUACAUGCAUUUGUAAUCGAUGCUAUUCAGGAAGCAGAUGUCAAUACUAUGAUUCUAAACGCUGCUUAAUCGACUUUGAGCCCUUUGAGCCUCCAGAGCUGCCACUGAAGUAG